UCAGGAGCACCUCCUCUCCUUCUCUCUGCUCACUUCCUGAGCUGCCUGUCAUUGGCCUGAAGGCCGGCCUGGGCCGCCUUAAAAGGGGCUCCGAGAGGGAGACGCUCCAGACCGACUCCUUCCUUCUUUCACAGCUUCUACCAUGGCCACCGCGAGCCUCCCCUCCUUCGCCUCCUUCUGCUGUGCUGCCGAAAGCCGAUUUCAGCCAGAUCCCGCUUCGCUCUGGCCCUGCGCUCUAGAGGCCCGGCUGCCCCCGGAAGAGGAAGCCCGUUGCCAUGAUGAAGAGGAGGACGGGGACUUGAACUCGGUGCUGGAGCUGAUCCUCUCUAUGGGGGGCGGAGGGGGCUUCUACCCGGAGGAGGUGAGCCCGCCCCCUCCACGCCCUUCCUGCUGCGCCCUGGAGGCGCCCUUCUUCCCCUUCGAGGCCCCUCCGCCGGCGGUGGCGGCGCCCUUCCUCCCCGCGCACGGCCAGUCCUUCGUCCACGACAGCCCGGAAGUGCAGGGCCGCUUCUUCUUCGUGAGGCCUGCGCCCUCGCCCACCCCGCCCUCGAGUCCUGAGGCGCACUGUGCGGCCUUCGGGGCCUUCCAGGAUCCGUCACCAUCGCCGCCGGAGCCCAAGCCAAGGCGAGGCCGCCGCGCCUGGCCCCGCAAGCGCCCCGCCGCCCACUCCUGCUCCUACGCCGGCUGCGGGAAGACCUACACCAAGAGCUCCCACCUCAAGGCCCACCUGCGCACGCACACCGGUGAGAAGCCUUACCACUGCAACUGGGAAGGCUGCGGUUGGAAGUUCGCCCGUUCCGAUGAGCUGACCCGCCAUUACCGGAAGCACACCGGGCACCGGCCCUUCCCUUGCCCGCUCUGCGACCGCGCUUUCUCCCGUUCGGACCAUCUGGCCCUCCACAUGAAGAGGCACCUUUAAGGGAGCGGACAGCCGGAAGUACGGCAACCAGUCGCACACGGGGACCAGAAGUACGGCACCCAUAGACACACGGGGACCAGAAGUGUGCCUUCUGAGGUCCCUUUGAAAAUGACAAUGCACACAGAAGCAAUCAAACGGCGCUCUUGAUGUCAAAAGAAGCGGGAAAACAAGCCAAGCAUGCGACGAUGUGUGCCUGCACUGUAUAGAGAGAGAAUGUGAUGUUUUUAUAUAUAUUGUACAUAGUGAGAAAAGCCUGGGAGACAAAAAUGGGCCUGUUUUGCAGCCCAUUCCUUUUUAUUAUUAUUUUAUAUAAAUAAAAUUGAAAAUAUAUUAAAAGAA